AUGGGGUCGAGCUCUAAAAACUCCAGCCAAGUUGGCAGUUUGUCGACCAAUAUCAACAUCCCAGAACAACAAUACAAUCGAAGGAGGCAUUCUAUCUUGCUCUUAUCCGAAUCAGUAGCCAGCAGGAGGUCGUCAAAAAAUGGUCGGGAGCUGGGAAGAAGUGUGAAAGCGAUGGCGAUGAACAGCCUGGGAGAGAGUCCCCAGCAUGUUGGAAGCGUGGACUCCAGGGUAUUUAUCGAUGCGGGAUCGCCCAAUUUCAAGACCACAAAACAGGACCAGCGCGAGGAUAUCAUCAACAGUCUGCGCACCAACUACCUCAACGACUACAUGGCAACGAAAAAAAAUGGCGCCGGCAAUGGCGCCGGCAGAUUGUCCAACGAGCACAAUAGGCCGUUGGAGGACCAGGCGGAGGAGCCAGUGGAGUUUGGGAUCCCAGAACGGGACCUGAACCUCGAGAGCCAAGGCGGCCACAUCACCCGAGAACUUUACCGCAUGACCUCGCCCAACCGUGGGCUAAAAAGAACACACUCCACCGGAGAUCUCAAGAUACAGGAGGAUUCGCAUCGAAGCGAGGCCUCUGCCAGCGCGUUGAAGGUGCCCGGUGGGUUCCGGCGCGAGUAUAUCGUCCAGAAACACAAGUCUGGCCGAGACACGGCCACGUCGUCCGCGAGCGAGUCGGCCACAUUCACCUCUGAUUUUGAGUCGCAGAACUCAGACGCCAAUAACCUGGAAAAAGUGCCGUUCCUGACCAGAAAUUUCCUUGAGUUUCUGUACGUAUAUGGCCAUUUUGCCGGCGAGUCGUUUGAAGAGGAUUUCUAUCCGGAGCAAGAAGUGGGACGGCACGAACCCAACGAGAGAAGCCCGCUGCUAGCAAGAUCCGAAGGUGAAACUGGGAAAAAGGUCCUCAUUCCCAAAUCCGCCAAGGGAACCACGUCCACCACCAAGGCUUUCCUGCUGAUGAUCAAGUCGUUUAUCGGCACGGGGGUGCUCUUCCUUCCCGCAGCAUUUGAAAAUGGUGGGUUACUGUUUUCGGUAGUUAUGCUCACCAUUUUUGGGGUCUACUCGUACUGGUGUUACUACAUUUUGACCAAGUCCAAGGUGGCCACCAAAGUCUCGUCGUUUGGUGACAUCGGAUUGAAUCUUUACGGCCCCUGGAUGAAGUUUAUCAUCUUGAUGUCGUUGGUGCUAACACAGCUUGGCUUUUCCGGGGCCUAUGUGAUCUUCACGGCGAAGAAUCUGCUGGCGUUCAUCGAAAACGUGUUCCACUGGCGCGACGUGUCGCUCAUACACCUGCUAGUGUUGCAGCUACUGAUUUUUGUGCCUCUGUCAUUCAUUAGAAACAUUUCCAAGCUGUCACUGCCCUCGUUGGCGGCCAAUGUUUUUGUCAUGAGCGGCAUCUUCAUCGUGAUCUUGUUAACCGGCAAGCAUCUGCUUUUUGAUCUCGGGUGCCAGCCGGCUGAAGGCAUCAUCUUCGGGUUCAACCCCAAGCGGUGGACUUUGUUUGCAGGGACGGCGAUCUUUGCGUUUGAAGGCAUUGGGCUGAUCAUCCCGGUGCAGAGUUCCAUGAAACACCCGGAAAAGUUUCCCCUGGUGUUGGCGAUGGUAAUCGUCACCUCAACCGUGCUAUUUGUGUCAGUAGCGACGCUCGGGUAUCUCAGCUACGGCAGCAACGUCCAGACGGUGAUCUUGUUGAACCUACCUCAGGAUAGCAUCUUGGUGAAUUUGAUUCAGUUUUUCUACAGUUUGGCCAUCUUACUGUCCACUCCCUUGCAAUUGUUUCCAGCCAUUGCCAUCGUGGAAAGCAAAGUCUUCCCCAAAUUCACCAAGAUCUACGUGAAACGGCGCCAGGAUGAGGCCGAUCACGUCCAGUACAGACCCAACUCGGGCAAACUGGACUGGCGUGUCAAGUGGUUGAAAAACUCCGUGCGCUCAUUGAUCGUGGCCUUUACUGUACUGGCAGCAUAUUUCGGAGCUGAUAAUCUCGACACUUUUGUCUCCAUCGUCGGGUCCUUUGCCUGCAUCCCAUUGGUUUACAUUUAUCCACCCAUGUUGCACCUAAGAGGUUGCAGCAAGCCUGCGUGUCAAGACGCUAAGACUGUGUGGCAAAAGAGCCCCGUGUAUUUGGACUACGCGUUGAUCGUGCUAGGGUCCGUUGGAAUGGUGUACACGUCUUACCAAAGUUUGAUGGGCUAA